UCAGCCCUGCCCGCUCUCUGAUUGGUGGAUCUGGAUUCUGUCCUCCUGUGAUUGGUGGAUUCUGCUGCCCGUCCUCAUGUUCUGGAACCAAGAGUUUAGUUGUCACCCUAGUCUCAUCCUCCAAGACCAGCAUGUAGGAGGGAAGUAUCCGCUGCUUUUAUCCUCUCUGCAGCCGUGAACGCGGGGUGCAUUUAUCUUACACAGCUGGGGUAGGAGGACCGCCUGCAUGUUAUAGCAUUUUAAAUAAUAAUAAUAACAACAUGCACUACCUAGCAGCUGAAUGGCUUGUAUUGUAUUAAUCCAUUAUCCCACUGAUGCAUCAAUAAAAAUGGCAGCUGUGGAUUGUAACUCACAAACCUCAGCAGGUUAAGGGUUGUAUUAAAAUGUGUGAUUCCAUAGUAUGACCUCCCGCCCUAUUUAUAAUAAUAAUAAUAAAAAUAAUAAUAAUAAUAAUGCAGCUGAUGUUGGGGGGGGGGGGGUGUCUCUCUAGAUCCCUCUGUUAAUAACUCUAAGAGUGUUGUGAAAGCAGUCAUUUUGUAACACUGGGUUCCAGGUUCGCUGUUAGUCUGUUGUAGAUUCUCCCAGUGUUCUAUUCUGUUCAGAACAGUGUGGGAAGGUUCUCUUCUCGGUCUAACCACAAUGACCAUGGUUAAUUGAGACUUGCCCUGUAAUCUACCAGUCUAAUUCUGAAAGAAGCAUAGUUUGCUGAAGGCUUGAUAAUGUGAAUUGGUCCCCCCAAAAAGUGUAAAUUCACUAUGGUGGACAUGUCCCUCAAACUAGCCCUGGGCAUAUGUAUAGCAUAAUUGGGUAGGGAUUGGGACAGUGUGAUCUUACAUGAGUCAAAUUGCCACAGUAUUCAUCAAUUCUUUUACCAUAUGAGUAAAGAGUAAGGGUUAAAUCAACAGUACCUAACACUUUUCUCCAUGCACAACAGUCCAGGAUUUUGGUAUUUGCUAAUUCUGUUCCAGUAGUGAAGCUGGCAAAUGCUGGAUUGUGCAAACCUGGUGGGUUGGGAGUGGAAGGUAAACUGAACUAUAAUGUACCCCAUUUAUGCAUUUGAUAAUUCAGACAUUACCUUGAAAAUGUCUCUUGGUGCACUGUGUUAGGUGGGCUCCAUCCACACCAGUAACAAACUCUUAACCUACAUACCUAUACAUGUUAAGAUGCUAUCCAACAGCAGUUCUACUCCUUCCAUCAAAUGAGUGGAACUGUGCUAUAAACCCAUCAGAUCAGUGCUUUGUUAGUUUUUGCAGAGCUAAUUUGUAAAUGCUCCAUCUGUGGCUUGUCUUUUGUAAGAACUGGGGGAUAAAAAAACUCUGACCAAGUUCUUGCUCCUAUGCUAGCUCUCUACAAAGACUGGGUACUUAAACUAUAAGCACCUUAACAAGUUGAAGUAGACAUGUUGCUUAGCAUAACCUUUUUAAAAGAGUGUAUGCGGAGAAAGGAGCACCUUAAUGGCCCUCUCCUACAGGAACACCCAGGUGUGUAGAUGCUGGUACUAGAAUACUGGAGUGAACCCAGUCUCUGUGCUAACACAUACCUGCAAGAGGAGAAGUGUCCCUAGACUCCUUGGCUGCAUUUUCUAACCUUUUAUCAGUCUUGCAUGAAUUAAAACCAUAGAUUUGAUUGUUUCCUUAUUUAUAAAAAAAGGGGGGGGAGGAGCAUUCUGAAGAACAGAAAAAUGGGCAAACAAGUGCACACAUGUGACUUGUCCACGUGAGUGUGGUCUAACUGCCAAAUUCUGUUCAUUAAAAUAGUUGAGAUGUAGGUUUCAAAAUAAGUAACCCUUACACUAGGGAAGUUGUGUUUAAAAAAAAAAAAUAAAUAAAAAAAAUUCACAUUUAGUGUCCACUAAAGUGAGAAGUGCAGGGAAUUUAAAGUGAGAAAUUUAAGGCCAGAGUCAGGAAACUGAAAGAAUUGGUAACUAUGUUUUCAAGGUCCGUUAUUUUGACCUUAAAUUUUAAAUUCACUUUGAAUCCCCUGAGGUUUCUCUUUAGUGAAUAACCCUGAUAAUGUAGUGUGGGUUUAUGCUAACUUAAGUACAAUGAGAAACACAACCUUUAUUUUGUCUAUGGCUGUGGAAGCUCCUAUGAUUGUCUGUGCCAGACAGAGCUGCACACACGUCAACCCCACCAAGCCAUGAAUGUAUAGUCUGUGACUCAAAUUGCAAGUUGUAAGUUUGAUGCUAAGGCACCAGUACUUUCAUUUGCCUGUGAGAUAAUCUUCUGGCUUGCAUAAUUCCUGACAAUAUAAUGUAAAUGCCUGAUCAUCUUUCAUUAAAAACAUUGAUGCAAAUGCCAGUUAACCUAUUUAAUAUCUUCUUUAUAUUUAGGACUGGGAUAUCCUCUUCAUCUAGCCAUGAACUUUGAUGGCAUGGAUCCAGCCCUGGUGGAAUAUGCACCUCCACUUCAUCCACCUCCACUCCACCCACCUCCAUUACAUGCACCCUUGGACCAAGUUCUCGAUCCCCACCUAAAUCCCAACCUUCUGCAGCCUGUAGACCUAGAUCCUGAUGCAGCGGGACUAGAUGGGCUCUCUGUCCAGGAUAAUGUUGGACUAAUGGGUGGCAUAUACUCUGAGCUCCACACAGCAGUGUCUGAAGUUGGCAUUCCACUCUCAGCUGUUAACUUUGAUCUGCAUGAGGAGUUGCUCUGGGUUGGCAACCAUGGAGUAAGUCUUUCUCCACCAUCAUUAACUUCUUCUUAAUUAUGUAUUUGAAAUUACGAACUUCCUCAAUGUAAUGUUGCACUAGCAGGACUCAAAAUUUUCUCUACCAGCCAUUGGUAAGUGCCAUGGACUCCAUGCUUGCAGUAGCCAGUAACGUUGAGACCCUGGCUUGUAGCAUAGGGCCCUUAAACUUUAAGUCCUGACACUAGUCUAUGUAAUACUCUUUCCACCCUCUCCAAAUCUGCUCUACAAAGCCAUCCUAUUGACACUAUUGAUGCAAUCAUAUGCCCAUGUUUGUGAAACUUUCAAUAAAAUUUUUAUGCAUAUCAGAUAGUGGCGAUGGUGCUUGGAGUCUGUAUUUGCAGUGAUAUGUCUAUAAUCAGUUUCAUUAAGUGAUCAGCUGACUCUCAGCAAAUGUCCAGGAGGCUGGGUGUCUGGCUUCUGCAGCUCUGCAGAAGUCAGAUGUCGUAAACAUAAGAGUGAAAACCAGGGUACUCUUACCAUCAUAACCACUACAGCAGGCUGCAAGUAACGAUGGUUGGAGUAACUCUUUACAAUUCCUUGGCAAGUUAAAACAUUUGGGAACAAAUGAGCAAUGUAGCUAAAAUACAGUUUUGCAAAAUCAAUUUACAGAACUGUUUAAUGGUACCUUGAAGUAUACACUGGAAGGCCCAACGGCUACCUGUUAGAAUUAUUUUAACUUUUUUUUCUGUUUUUGGUCAGUUGCAGUAUUGGCCAAUCAAGCUCAACACUCAGCAUAAAUUGCAAUAUUUUUUUCUUAAUUUCAGUGUUAACUCUUUUAUGGUUUUCUGACUUCACCAAUAUUACAAGCUGAAUAAUUAUUUGUCAACUAUUGAGUAAUAACCAGAUGUAGAAAACUUUGCUCCUUAUACAAGUGAUACUUGAAAAAUUAGAAUCAUGCAAAAGUUCACUUAUUUCAGUAAUGCAACGUAAAAGGGAAACUAAUGAGACUCAUUACAUGCAAAGCAAGAUAGUUCAAGCUGUGAUUUGUUAUAAGUGCGAUGAUUAUGGCUUACAGCUCAUGAAAACCCCAAAUCCACAAUCUCAGUAAAUUAGAAUAUUACAUGCAAUCAAUAAAACAAGGAGUGUAUAUAGAACAAUAUCGGACCUCUGAAAAGUAUAAGCAUUCAUAUGGACUCAGUUUGGGCCCUUUUGCAGCAAUUACUGCCUCACUGUGGCAUGGAAGUUAUCAGCCUGUGGCACUGCUGAGGUGUCAUGGAAGACCAGAAUGCUUCAAUAGUGGCCUUCAGCUCUUCUGCGUUGUUCGGUCUCCUGUCUCAUUUUUCUCUUGGCAAUGCCCCAUAGAUUCUCUAUGGGGUUCAGGUCAGGCGAGUUUGAUGGCCAAUCAAGCACAGUAUCCCACAGUCAUUGAACCAGGCUUUGGUGCUUUUGGCAGUGUGGGCAGGUGCAAAGUCCUGCUGGAAAAUGAAGUCCACAUCCCCAUAAAGCUAGUCUGUGGAAGGAAGCAUGAUCCAAAAUCUCCAUGUAGAUGGCUGCGUUGACCUGGACUUAAUGAAGCACAUUGGACCAACACCAGCAGGUGACAUGGCUCCCCAAAUCAACACAGACUGUGGAAACUUCACACUGGACUUCAAGAAUCUUGCAGUGUGUGCCUCUCCAUUCUUCCUCCAGACUCUGGGCCCUCUUUUCCAAAUGAAAUGCAAAAGUUGCUCUCAUCAGAAAAGAGGACUUUGGCCCACUGAGCAACAGACCAGGUCUAUUUUUCUUCAUCCCAGGUAAGUCGCUUCUGACUUUGUUUGUUGUUCAGGAGCGGCUUGACAAGAGGAAUACGAUAUCUGAAGCUCAUGUCCAGGAUCCGUCUGUGUGGUGGCUCUUGAUGCACUGAAUCCAGCCUCAGUCCACUCUUUGUGAAAGUCCCCAACACUUUUGAAUGGCCUUUUCCUGACAAUCCUCUCCAGGCUGCAGUCAUUCCUGCUGCUUGUGCACCUUUUUCUUCCACACUUUCCCCUUCCACAUAACUUUCUAUUAAUGUGCUUUGAUACAGCACUUUGGGAACAUCCAACUUCCUUCGCAAUUACCUUUUGAGGCUUUCCCUCCUUAUGGAGGGUGUCCAUGAUUGUUUUCUGCACAUCUGUCAGGUCAGCAGUCUUCCCCAUGAUUGUGAUUCAUACUGAAUCAGACUUAGAGACCAUUUAAAGGCUCAAACCCUUUGCAGGUGUUAUGGAUUACUUAGCUGAUUAGAGUGAGACACUGUGAGCCUAGAAUACUGCACCUUUUCACAAUAUUCUAAUUUACUGAGAUUGUGGAUUUGGGGUUUUCAUGAGCUGUAAGCCAUAAUCAUCGCACUAAUGACGACUUGAACUAUCUUGCUUUGCAUGUAAUGCGUCUCUCAUAUAUUAGAUUCCCCUUUUAAGUUGCAUUACUGAAAUUUACUUUUGCACGGUAUUCAAAUUUUUCGAGUAUCACCUGUAUAAUUCAGUCUGACGCGUUCAUGACAAUCCAUAAAGGCAUACGACUUCUUGUGGGAAAACUGUCCUGGGCAAUCAGUGGCAAUUUGUCACAUAAGCAAAAUUUCAGCUCUCAUGACAGGAUUUUUUUGUUUGGUUUUCCUCCUGGCAAAUGUUAAACUGAAAUGCAGGCGUAAAGAAUGACUACAUUCAAGUUUUGUUCUUGACUUUAUUAUGCAUCAAUAACCAGGUACCUCCAUUAUUUAAAAAAAAAAUAAAAAAAAUUCAGCUUUAUUACAGCGCCAGUCAGGUAAGGUCCUCCUUGCUUGUUUCCACUACCUGACUGAGAUCGAUCAGAUGCUUUUCAUUCUGGACUGGUUUAGGCAAGUGUGCUGAGAGUGCAUGUAGCCCAUUCUUCAAACUGCAGAUAUCUGUAUGUGCAGCGUUUCAAGCAGAAACUCCUAAAACGUGACACUCUCUAAAAGCAGAAGUGGUCAUGGUGGUUGGAGUAACCCUUUAAGCUUUAAUAUAAACUCUGGCAUACAUUUAUUGGUAUUUUGUCCUGCAAAAAAGUACAGAAGGUCAAAAAUAGAACUCUGGCUUUAUAAUGGUCUGUCUUGCCAAAAAUCCUCCAUUAAAGCAAUGGUAACCUUAUGUUCUAAUUAUGUGCUACUGGGGAUAAUAAGGUGACAACUAUAAAUAUUUGGGAACUUAAUUGUUUCAUGUCACAUGGUACCACUAAAUCUUCUCAUUUGUCGCUGUAUUUUGUAUCCAAAUCUUAAGGGAAACUUCCAUAUCCAUAUUAACCUGUAUAACAACCAAACUGUUAAAUUGUGAUCAAAAUCAAUCAAACUUUUAGAUAAACGGGAAACUAUAGGUUGUAACUUCAAGUAAAUCUUAACGUUUUCCCUUGUCUAAUCACUGGUUGACAGCCAAAACCACUCCUCAAAGAAGAGUUGUUGGAUUUUUUGUUUUGUUUUUUUCACUGUUAAAGUUAAAUUGCCUGGCUUUGUAUAAUGUGCAUAACUUUACAUUUUAACAUUACAUGAUCUUUGAAAAGGUUGUAUGACUGGAGAAUUGGGUCAGCAAGGAAAGUGUACUAAAGUAUCUAUUGCUUAUGGUAAUCGUGUCCUUCUCCUUUUACAGGGCCAUGCUACCUCAUUCUUCAGUCCUACCCUUGAGAGAUUUUCCUCCUUCCAAAUACAUGCCAGCAAUGACAUCCGACAGAUUCAGAGUUUGCAGACAGGGGUCAUGUUCCUCACCAAAAACAAUCUGAGAUGUAUGACCCGUGGAGGACUUACCAUGUUUGACUACCUGUGAGUAAUUAACAUUAAAUUAUCCCUCUUCUGCUAAAUGUCUGGGGGAUAUGUGGUGAUUUUGUGUUCUAAAUUGAAUAGACUUCUUAUUGAAAAACUUUAAACAUUCUAAUCUUCAGGCAGCCAUUUGGGGUGCAUAAGGCAUGGUGGUUUCUCUGAACUUUACAAGUGUCGCAAGUCUUACCUGUAUGAAUAAUUUACCAUGUCUGAGUAUCUUUGUUUAAAUUUUCUUUUCUCACCAUAGGAUGGACGAAAGUGUGGACAACCACAGCAUGCUUCUCACAGACAGUAGUAUGCUGCUCAUGGGAGGGAUGCAAAAUUAUGUUAUUGAGAUGGACUUGAGUACUGUGCAGGAAACAAACCGGGUAAAGAAUUCAUCUAAAAUAGAGUUGCGCAAGACUGCAGAAACCAUCUAGCAAACUGUGAUCUAAUCAAUCUUGACUGCUUUCAUUCAGAUGAACUAUGCAGCUCGGUGCAUACUUAUCCCAAAUCUAUUUGACUUUUUUUCAUAUCUGCAUUUUGCUUCCAACAAAUCUAAAUGUAGGCGAAUGCUAAUCAACUCAAUCAAUAGCAAAAACUAAUGUAAGCGGCUCAACUUGAUAGAUGGAUGUCUCUUUUUCAGCCUGUGCAACUAGGUAGCUAAACAUGAGCAUUUGUCAGCUAAAAGUGCCUGUACAUGCAGAGCUUAGCCAUUCAACAUAAAAAUACAUGAUCUAAACCUAUAGGCAAAUCAAUGAGCUGGUUCUGUGGUGGCUGGUGUUCCAUCAAGGCAGCUGUAGUUGUGGUAUAAAUAGACUGUAGUUAUGGGCCUAGUAUAUAAGAUGGUGUGCAAAGUAUCUACUUGCGAUACAAGUCUGCCUUUAUGAUUUCUAUGGCACCUGUUCAGAUUGAGUGCCUUCCAGUAAAUACACUGGAUAGUGUUCUUGUAGCUGUUACCAGCCUGGUAUAAAGGCUUUAAAUAUCCUUACUUGGCCUGGGUUGGCAUUGUCUUAGAAAUUGAUUUUUGGAUCCCAACUGCCUGGCAUCUUAAAUGGAAUUGUGACAGGCCAUUCUGCAGUCAUUUUGCACCCGGUCUCUUCCUAUAGAGGACAACUAGUUCCUCUGUGGGGUUUCCCCCCUCAACUUUAUCCCAAAUUAAAUGUGGAUUUCUGGCUGUGGCAUUGGAUGCUCACUUAUUUUCUGUUUGAGCUUUGCCCUUCAGUUCUCACCUCUGUAAAGUUCUAAUUGUAUAGAAGUAAAGGAUAUACAGUUUAAAUAGAACAUUCUAAUAUUGUUCCUCCCCCUUAGCACAAUGUACCAGCAAACCCAUUAAUGCUGUACUCUCAUGCAUGUGAGGAGGAUCCAGCAUAACUGCAGUUGCUUCAACAGAACAUGUCUAGCAAUGAGCCAGAUUGCUACUGUUCUUUGACAAGUUGUUUCUGAAGCUGUUUGUCUAUUGUCAAAUUUAGGAUUGCUCAUCAAAGUAGUUCCUAAUCUAAUAUCUUUUAGAUUGCAUUGAAAUUCCAAUGGCAUCUAGUCAGUGAUUUCUUAACCAUGCCUCUUUACGUGUUACAUAAUUAUUAAUGCCUAUAUUAUCAAUUCUAGUAUGUCACAGAGGACCCUGGAAUUACAGUCAUGAGGCAAUCCAACCGCUUCUUUUUCUGCGGGUAUUCAUCAGGAAAGGUACUGGUGGUUAACAUAUUAAUUUAUCAUGCAUUCUAAUUAAACAAUGCUGAAAACAGAAUGUUGCUAAAUUGUGCUUGCUUGAUACUUAUUAUGAAAUGGAUAGUUAUAACAGGGCAGUUUGAACCCCCAUGUUGGCUGGGUUUUUUGACUAUCUUUAUAGCUGUUUAAAAAUGUUUUUUUAUUUUUUUUAUUUUAGUUAUCACUCUGUGAUCUACGUACAUUCAACAUGGAACAUGAAUUUGAUGUAUAUUCUGGCAGCUUGUCUGACUUUGAUGUUCAUGGAAACCUUGUAGUGACCUGUGGCUUCUCCAGUCGCAUGAAUGUAUUGACUUGUGACCGUUUCCUAAAAGUAUAUGACCUGCGUAUGAUGCGAGCUAUCACUCCUCUUCAGGUCCACGUAGAUCCCCUUUUUCUGCGGUUUGUUCCGACAUAUACCUCACGACUAGCAAUCAUCUCACAGCAGGGUAAGACUCUUCUUUCCCCUCCCUUCACACUAAAGGGUUACGUAAAUCCCUUUUGAGGGUGACCUUACCUGUGUAAAAUGCAACUACCCCAGCACAUAAUUACAAACCUCACGAAGUGCAGUGUCAUGCUGAAACACUUCACUUACUGACUCCUACCACCAUGAUAAUAUCAAAUCACUGAAGUGGUCAUGGUGGUUGGAGUAACCUUUCAAGAAACCUCUCAGAAGACCCCUAACUGUUUUCUCUUUCUACAGGUCAGUGUCAGUUCUGUGAACCCACUGGUCUUGCCAGUCCUGCAGACAUCUUCCAUGUCAGCACAGUGAGCCAAGCAAUCAUGUCAUUUAAUGUAUCUACUAGCAAGCAGGUGCUCGCAUUUGGGGACUCUGAUGGCAUUGUUCAUAUUUGGUCGACCACUCCUGAAGCAGUAUUCAAUGGCUACUCUCGGGCCACAGAAUUUGCAAUACCCUGCAUUGUGGACAACUUGCCACAUUUGGAUUGGAAUCAAGAUCUUUUACCGCUUUCCCUUAUUCCUGUGCCUCUGACAACUGAUUCUCUUCUAUCAGACUGGCCUGCUUCUAACUGUACUCCAGCACCUCGGUAUUUAAAGGAGGUGGGGGUUCAUAUUUAAAGUGUUGAUUAAAAACCCUGCAGUUGUAAUCUAGAUAUGAAAAUGUUGGUCUCCUGGAAAACUGCCUUCUACAUUAUAAUUAAAUGGGUAAAGGCUACAGUACACCUUUUUUAAAAAACAAAACAAAAAAAACAGUAGUGUAACUUGUUGAGCAGUGUUAAAUGUAAAACUUAAUUUUGAGCAGUUGCUAUUGAUAAAACUACCAUUAAUCCUUUUUUGUCUUUAGACAAGCUCCUCCUGUUGAUCCUGAGAUCUUGCGCAACAUGAAGCAAGUAGGGUUUAUUGGCUACUCUCCAAACCCUAGAACAAGACUACGGAAUCAGGUUUGCUUCUGCUACUUCUGGAUGACUGAACACUUUAGGACUGGAAAGGAAGGAAUUAACAAACUAAACCUGCUUAAGUCAAGUCAGUGGCAACCUGUAAUGCCUUGUAUGGUAGAUGCUUCCUGUAACUGGAAUUGCAUGUGGAUGUCAUGCACAUGUAAAGACUUGUUGUCAUUUUAGUAGUCUGCAUCCAAAAGUUCCAACUUCCUCAGUCUAAAGCAGGACAUUUGACCAUUUAUAUUAAUGGCACAAAUACAGAUAAGAUUGUGUAAGACUUGCAUGUUUUGAUGUUCUAGAACAGGGUUGUCAAACAUGCGGCCCCCCAGAUGUUGCUGAACUACAACUCCCAUGAUUCUUUCAAUGAAACAGCCAGGGAAUCAUGGGAGUUGUAGUUCAGCAACAUCUGGGGGGCCGCAUGUUUGACAACCCUGUUCUAGAACUAUCUACAAGCUACGCAUCCAUCGUUUAAUGUUCUGUAACUAUAAUGCACAAACACGCUGUACAAGAGAACGGUGGGUGGUACUAAUGCAAAAGCAUGGAGAAGUUGCUUUUAAAAAAAAAAAACAACUUUACUGAGUAAGCACAAUGUUCUUCUAAAUGUUUGUGACUUAUUCUUUCCCUAUUUUCUUCAAUGUCUUAAAGGUACCAUAUCAACUGGACAAUGAAUAUGAUUACAGCCAAGUUCCAGAAUCUCCAAUUGGGCGAGAAGAAGAGCCUCAUCUCUACAUGGUGGCAAAAAAGUACCGCAAGGUUCUGUGCUUACUUUUUCAGCAGUCCCCCUUUAACAUUUACUACUACACCUUAUCUCAUUAUAUAAGUCUCUGACUUUUGCAACUUUGCUCAGCCAAGGCUCCUGUGCUUUUUGUUCUGUUACCUUAACCCCUUAAGGACCAAACUUCUGGAAUAAAAGGGAAUCAUGACAUGUCACACAUUAUGUGUCCUUAAAGGGUUAAGCUUCACUUGGUGCAUGGCUGCAUAUAGAAACACCUGUUGAUGGGGCAUAGUCGUCUGUGAACUGCGACACUCCCUUCCCUGACUUUUUGGUGUGUGUGUGUGUGUGUGUGUAUAUAAAAAAAAGUAAUUUUUUUUUUAUAUGCAGGUGACCAUUAAAUAUUCAAAACUUGGUCUGGAAGACUUUGACUUUAAGCAUUACAACAAAACCUUAUUUGCUGGCCUGGAGCCUCAUAUUCCCAACGCCUACUGCAACUGCAUGAUACAGGUAAAGUGUGAUCUUGAAUAAAACCAUUGCAUAGUAGGUUCUUGACUUACUACUAAACUGGCAAUUGUGGAAAAAAAACAAUUCUAUCUUGAGUUUUUACCUUUCUUUGUGGUUUCUGGAUGAAACAAUUGACACUGUCGCUUUUGGCACUCAUGUAAUCCUGAUGAGCUUAUGUAUUGAGGGCCUUUUUAAUUUGGCACUAACACUUUGUGAUCACUAUAUGAGCCUAACACAACCACUUGGCUGUUAGUGUUCACACCAUUGGCAUACUUCUACUGUUCAUCAUACUAUAUAAAGUAUCAAAUGGUCAGGUAUUCACAGGAUAAUUAUGCAAUGGACACAUGCCACUCAGAGCUGUCUCACAUGUUGCUACUUUGAUUUUUCUACAGAAAUAUUGUAAAUUACUCACUGUAUCUGAUAAAAAAAAAAAAACUCCAGUGGCAUGUCUUAAUCUUUACAUUCCAGGUGACGUACCUGAUGGAACCAAUCAGAUGCCUGCUACAAAACCACCUGUGCCAAAAAGAAUUCUGUUUGAGUUGUGAGCUAGGCUUCUUGUUUCAUAUGCUUGACUUGUCCCGAGGUGACCCUUGCCAAGUAAGUCUAUGCUAUUUAGAAACUCUUCUAUGUAAACCUGAAAUGUAUAAAAUCUUUAACUGAGUCAACUGAUCAUUACUUCCAAAUCUCUCCUGGGUAUUUAUGUUGGUGUAUGGGGUCUCCUUUAAUUAUGCAACUCUACUCCACAUACAGUGAGGGGAAAAACGUAUUUGAUCUCCUGCUGAUUUUGAAUGUUUGUCCACUGACAAAUGAUCAGUCUAUAAUUUUAAUGGUAGGUGUAUUUACAGUGAGAAAGAAUAACUAACAAAUCCAGAAAAACACGUCAAAAAGUUAUAAAUUGAUUUGCAUGUGUGAAAUAAGUAUUUGGUCCCCUAUCAACCAGCAAGAUUUUUUUUCUCAACCGGAAUAAGACACCUGUCCACAGAAGCAAUCAGAUUCCACUCUCCACCAUGGCCAAGACCAAAGAGCUGUUGAAGGAUGUCAGGGACAAGAUUGUAGACCUACACGAGGAUGGAAUGGGCUACAAGACAAUCGCCAAACAGCCUGGUGCGUAUGUGACAACAGUUGGUGUGAUUAGUCGCAAAUGGAAGAAACACAAAAUAAUGGUCCCUCUCCCUCGGUCUGGUGCUCCAUGCAAGAUCUCGCCUCGUGGAGUUUCAAUCAUGAGAAUGGUGAGGAAUCAGCCCAGAGCUACAUAGGAGGAUCUUGCUAAUCUCAAGGAAGCUGGGACCAUAGUCACCAGGAAAACUAUUGGCAACACACUGCGCCCUGAAGGUCCCCUGCUCAAGACACGUCUAAAGGCCUGUCUGAAGUUAGCCAAUAAAUGUGGUUCAGAGGAGAAGUGGGUGAAAGUGUUGUGGUCAGAUGAGACCAAAAUUGAGCUUUUUGGCCUUGACUCAACUCACCAUGUUUGGAGUAGGAGGAAUGUUGCCUAUGACCCCAAGAACACCAUCCCACCUUCAAGCAUGUAAACUUGCUUUGGGGUUUUGUUUUUUUCUCCUAAGGGGACAGGACCACUGCACUGCCUCAAAGGUAUGAUGGACAGGGCCACAUACCGUCAAAUCUUUGAGCACCUCCUUUCCUUAGCCAGGGCAUUGAAAAUGGGUUGUGGAUAGGUAUUCCAGCAUGACAAUGACCCAAAACACAUAGCCAAGGCAACAGUGGCUCAAAAAUAAGCACAUUAAGGUACUGGAGUGGCCUAGCCAGUCUUCAGACCUAAAUCCCAUAGAAAAUCUGAAGGGAGCUGAACGUACAAGUUGCCAAACGUCAGCCUCAAACUUUACUGACUUGGCGAGGAUCUGCAAAGAGGAGUGGGACAAAAUCCCUCCUGAGAUGUGUGCAAACCUGGUGGCCAACUACAAGAAACGUCUGACCUGUUAUUACCAACAAGGGUUUUGCCACCCAGUAUUAAAUCAAAGGGGUUAAGUAUUUUUUUCCAUUCAUUGACAUGCAAAUUAAACUUUUUUGACAUGCAUUUUUUUCUGGAUUUUUAUUUCUUGUUUUAUUCAUAGAAACAGACAUAGAAUGUGAACCAUUUGGCCCAUCUAGUCUUCCCAAUUUUCUUAAUACUUCCAUUAGUCCCUGACCUUAUCUUAUAGUUAGGAUAGCCUUAUGCCUAUCCCACGCAUGCUUAAACUACUUUACUGUGUUAACCUCUACCACUUCAGCUGGAAGGCUAUUCCAUGUGUGGGGAAACCGACCUCGCCACUAGGAUUUAUGGGAUUAUUGCAUGUUUUGGGGUCCCUGUGAUGUGUUUUAUGAAACUGUAUUUCUGUCUGUGAUUACCCAUUGUGUAAGGUAAUUGUAUCACAAGCAGAGGGGAGGAUUUUGUGUGGGUGUGUCUGUGUAUUGUACAGAUUGAUUGUUCUGUAAAACCCUGUGGGCAGUACUAAAUUUGUGGAUUGGGAAUAAGAGGCUGUAUGUGCCAGUACAGUCAGUGCCUGCUUAACCCUCAAAGUGAAGUGUCGUCGUCUCAUUAUUGGGGGAGGAUUUAUUGUAUGCUGUUCCAGUUUGACUGCUAGGAGUGUAAACCUAUUCGCAUGGCUUUUCCUAUUCGACUGUACACAACAUUCAUAUGCUUAAAAUCACUCCUAUGCUUCUCCGGUUCGGUGGUUGUGGUGUCUGCUUGUAUCCUUCAACGGAAGUACUCAGUCAGGGUGCCAGGUGAUGCGCUACAUUGGUGGCAGGCGGUGGGAUGGCGUCCUAGUGCGAGGUAAAGCAGCUCAGACACAGUUUGUGGAGUUACAAAUUGAGGGCAACGCUAGCACACGUGCAGCGCCCCUGGGGCAGAGGUAUCCUGCGACUUGGAGCAGACCAGUAUGGAAGGCUCUGGUGAUGAUUGGAUGGCCAAGGUGAGGCAGCGAGUGGCCCAGUAUGGGGAUGAUCUACCCAUGGAGGUACGCCGGGUGAUCUGGAACCAGAUUACGGCCGAGCGAAACACAAGGCUGGCCCGAGAAUUCCGGCUGGCGAAAGAGAGAGCGUAUGCUCAGCAGAAGGAGUGUUACAGCAGCCGAGUAGAGGCUGCAUUCGAGGAGGCUAGCCAUCUCCCCCUGAGGCGGCCGGAGGAACCCGAUGUAGGGGUCCUCAUAGACUGGUCCUGUGAGGAACCACAACAGGCAGGUGGAGAUGGAACCGAGGUAUCUCCACCGGGAUGCUGGGCAGCCAGCCCAGAUCCCCAGCAGCAGCCGGAGUUGCGAGGUGCGGAAGCAGGUGGUCCUUACUCGCAAAUGUUGAGAUCUCAGACUGGUCCUGGGAAGACCCGGAGAUGGGACGGCGGUCUCUCUACUGGCCCUACAGGGAUGCUGGGCAGUCGGCCCAGACCCCCAGCGGCAGUGUGAAGUGCAGGGAGUGGAGAGCAUAGUCACCCCUCCCCAGCGGCAGUGUACCUUGCAGGGAGAGGAGAGUAGCGUCCUUCCUCCCCAGCGGCAGGGUGAGCUACAGGGAUGCUGGGUGGUUGGCUCAGAUACCCAGCAGCAGAUUGAUUUGCAGGAAAUAGAGAGCUGUCUCCUUUCCCCAGCGGCAGUGUGAAAUGCAGGGAGUGGAGAGCAGUGUCUCCCCUCCCCAGCGACUGAAAGUGUGCAAGGGAGAGAAGCUUGUUACCCGUCUUCCCAGCGGCAGCUUAGCCCACCAAGGGGAGACACUAAGUUCCCCACCGGCGCAGAUGGGACCAUGGUCUCUGCGCCCAAGCUACAGGGAGUACGGACAGUCGGUCCUGCUCCCCAGCGGCAGAGUAUUCUACCAGGAGGGGAGAGUCUCGUUCCCCCUCCCCAGCGGCAGCCUAGCCCACCAAGGGGAGAUGAUAAAUCCCACACCGGUGCAGAUGGGACCAUGGUCUCUGUGCCCAAACCACAGGGUGUAGGGACAGUCGGUCCUGUCCCCAUGCAGCAGGGCUGUUUAUCCAAAGGGGAGACAGCCUGGCUUCCCCUCCAGCAGCAGACCCAGGUCUGGAGUAAGGCGCCUACUAUGACGUUCCCUCACCUGGGCUCCAACCAGGCUACUCCUGUGGUAGCGCUGGCACCAGGGCAGAGUACCGCUGGUCUCUGCCCACCCAGCAUCCCAUCAAUCAAGAGUGCUAGUACCCCCCAGAGCCAAGGUGGAGCUCCUGGACCUGGACAAGCGACCCGCUACUCCAGGUGUAGUAACCAAUUUUCGUGGGUGGGUUAUACUGCGGAUUCUGUUUUGUGGGUGGGUUGCGGGACUAACCAAGGCACUGACUGACAGGAGGUCAGAUACUUUGUUAGUCUUUUUGGGAAAGGGGAGUAAUGUGGUGAAACUGGGCAUUGGAGAAGACUGAUUGCCAGCCUCCUGCCAUGUGACUAUGGCCCCUGGGAUGUAUUGCCCUUUAAAGACAUGAUUUGGACAUAAUGGAUUUGUGUUGUGCUGCUGGCCCUUUAAGGACCAUCUGGGGACAUACUGUGGAGUUACUGGGUGGCCACCAUUUCCUGUAUCAGAGGCACAUGGUGAGAACAAUGGAUGAAGCACAUGGUGAGAACAAUGGAUGGCGGCCAUUUUAACUCGGACACUGUUUGGACUUUUCAACACGGUGCCAUCUUGCCAGUAUUUGGUGCACAGAGACAUCGUGCAGUGGUUUUGGCCUAUACAACAGGGGACACCUUAUACAGUAAUUGUUUUUCAUAUAGCCUGCAUAUGUUCUGUAAAAUCUGCAUUAAACUGUAUCUUCCAAAGUACUGAACGGAUCUGGCUGAAUUUUGGAUAUGUGGUUCACCCAGAUUCCCGGUUCCAAGGAUACUUUUAUGGGAUUAUUGCAUGUUUUGGGGUCCCUGUGAUGUUUUAUGAAACUGUAUUUCUCUGGCUGUGAUAAUUAGAUUACCCAUUGUGUAAGGUAAUUGUAUCACAGGCAGAGGGGAGGAUUGUGUGUGGGAGUGUCUGUGUGUAUUGUACAGAUUGGUUGUUCUGUAAAACCCUGUGGGCAGUACUAAAUUUGUGGAUUGGGAAUAAGAGGCUGUAUGUGCCAGUACAGUCAGUUCCUGCUUAACCCUCAAAGUGAAGUGUCGUCGUCUCAUUAUUGGGGGAGGAUUUAUUGUAUGCUGUUCCAGUUUGACUGCUAGGAGUGUAAACCUAUUCGCAUGGCUUUUCCUAUUCGACUGUACACAACAUUCAUAUGCUUAAAAUCACUCCUAUGCUUCUCCGGUUCGGUGGUUGUGGUGUCUGCUGCAGUGCUUGGCGUCCUCAGGAAGCGCUAGGAGCAUCCUUCAACGGCGGUACCCAGUCAGGGUGCCAGAUGAUCCGUUACACCAUGCAUCCACUAACCUCUUAGUAAAUUAAUACUUUAUAUUUUUAAACCCUUGUGCCUUUAACUUAAGAUGGUCCCCUUGUUGUGGUAGUUUUUCUUCUUUUAAAUAGUCUCCUCCUUAACUGUGAUUUCCUUUAUGGAUUUAAAUGUUUCUAUCAUAUCCCCCCUGUCUCAUCUUUCCUCCAAGCUAUACAUGUUAAGAUCCGUUAACCUUUCCUUGUAAGUUUUAUCCUGCAAUCCAUGAACCAGUUUAGAAGUAUAAAUAUUCCUCUGGAGAUAGUCUCUGCAUACACUACUCCAAGUGAGGUGUCACCAGUGUUCUGUACAAUGGCAUGAGCACUUCCCUCUUUGUACUGCUAAUAACUCCCUAUACAAACAAGCAUUCUGCUAGCAUUUCCUGCUGCUCUAUUACAUUGUCUGCCUACCUUUAAGUCAUCAGAAAUAAUCACCCCUAAAUCCCUUUCCUCAGAUGUUGAGAUUAGGACUCUCAAAUAUUCUGUACUCUGCCCUUGGGUUUUUACAUCCAAGAUGCAGUAUCUUGCACUUAUCCACAUUAAAUGUCAGCUGCCACAGCCAUUUUUUUUUUUUUUAUUCUUUAUUUUUACGGUUAUAGAAAUACAAAGCUUUUCAGUUGGUGUCAAAGAGAAGAUGAACAAACAAUAGUAUAGUACAUUUUCAUGAUGCAGUACAUCAACACAUGCAGUAUGUUAACCCUUUUUAAAAAAUAAAUGUUUGUCUGGCUAGGUUCCCUCAUGCCUGAGCCAUGAUAGGUGUUCUUUGGGUUAGAGGGUGCUUGCUAGGAGCGGGAUGCGCCCUGGUCUCUUAGUAUUAGGCAUAUUGAUUGAUUUCUUAAGGCGCCUGUGUUAGUGAAAUGUCGCUCGGUCAGGGGAGUAGUCGGUGACCUAAGGCAGGUUUCAUGGUGGCUGGUGUAAAUGCAGGUCGUGGUAGGUCUGUCUUGUGUUACUGGUCGCUUGUACAAGUGUGAGUGAGCAUUGCACGUCCCAAUUAAAGUUGUGGGGGGGGAGGGGGGGGUUAUUCUAGGCUGGGUAUCUGGCUAUAUGCUUUUGGAGCCAGUUGGAAGGUAUGGGUGGUUUUAAACUAGAACACUGGAGGUAAAAUUAAACUUUAACUUUAGCGGGCAUCACGUUAGUGUGGCUGUGGAGUUAUAUGGUGAUAACUGAACUUAAACUUGUAAACAUUGAGUCCCGGCUUGACAGCAGCCGUCGCCCUCAGGCGGGAGGUUCAGAGGUGCGUGGCUAAAGUCCCUUUGGUACGAAGGGUCUGAUAUUGGCCACAUUCCAUGUUGUGCCCUGCACCGCUGGUAGUUAGUCGGCACCCCGAGAGCCUCGAGGAAGUUGGGAGCAUUGGAGAUUUGUAGAAGAGUGUACUUUGCCUUCCCUUUCCACCAGUAGGCGAUGCGGUCCCCACUUAUAUGGUAUAGAUUGGUCCCGGAGCUGCUGUGUGAUUUGCUUAAAGGAUCUCCUCCAUGUUAGGGUAUGUCUGGCAUAGUCCCUGAAAAACGCUUGGUGUGCCCCCUCGAAGGGAACCGUUGGAGAGCCUUUAGCGGGCCCCCAUAAGCACCCCCGGUCUGAGUCCCUUACAAAUUUUAUGAGCACAUCACUUCGGGCUUCUUUUGGUGCUUUGCUGGCCCUGGGUAGGUGAAAGCAGGAGUCGAUUCCUAGCUGUGUUGCUUGUUUUAGGCAGGAGAAGAGUGGCUUUAAGCCGUCUGCAAUAGUGAGGCAGCUCAGCCGCAGUGAUCGUUUCGGGGAUUCCUCGGACUCUCAGAUUGCGAGCUUUAGUUCUGUCCUCCAUGUUGGCUAAUUGUGCUGUCAGUGAAUUACAUUGCUGUUGCAGUGAGUGUAACGCUGUAUCAGUGUUCGUUUGUGCAGCACUGAUAUUUUGGACAGUUUCUUCCACUGAGUGCACCUUGCUGGUGAACGUGGAGACUUCCACUCGUACCUGCGCCAUAUCGGCCUGGAACAUGGCUUGAAUGUCCUUCGUCAGGGCCUUUAUGUCGGUUUUCGUGGCCGGAGCCGCAUCUCCCAUCUCCUUGGGUGCCAUGGGCUUUGUCAGGGCCGGAGCCGCUGUUUGUAGGUCGGCUAGCAGACUGUCGUCAUCCGAAGGAGAGGAGUAGGCCUCAGCCCGCGCCAUCUUGGGAAAAGUCGGGCCGCAUGGCCGUGCGCAUAUAAGUUCCGAUAUACAGGAACCUGUGCUCGGGAUUUCUUUUCUUCCCCAUGUCAUAGGACACACCUGGAGCUGUUUGGUACUCGGCGGUGUGGACUUUUUCCCCGAUAUCAGUCUUUUGUAGACGGAGCUAUGGCAAUGUGCGUCUUGCUUUCUCCGGUGCUGGCUCCGCCCCCCUGACCAAUUUUCUAGUUUACCUAAAUCACUUGCCAUUUGGCUUAUCCCUCCUGGAACAUCAGCCCUGUUACAUAUCAGUAUCCUCAACAAAAAGACAUGCCUUACCAUCAAGACCUUCUGCAAUAUCACUAAUAAAAAUAUUAAAGAGAAUGGGUCCAAGUACAGAUCCCUGAGGUACCCCACUGGUGACAUCCCAUGCUUCGAAUAUACUCCAGUGAUUACAACCCUCUGUUGCCUGUCACUCAGCCACUGCCCUUCCCAUUCAACAAUAUUGGAAUCCAAACUUAUUUAUUGAUGAGCCUUCUAUGUGCAACAGUGUCAAAAGCCUUACUGAAAUCUAGGUAAGCAAUGUUUAAUGCACCACCCUGAUCUAUUUUAGUUACCAAAUCAAUAAGAUUAGUUUGGCAUGAUCUCCCUCAAGUAAACCCAUGUCUUUGAUAUUGAAAUCCAUGUGAUUUUAGAUGUUCAACAAUCCGAUCCUUUAACAUGGUUUCCAUCACUUUCCCCACUACUGAAGUAAGUCUUACUGGCCUAUAUUUGCCCGACUCCUCCCGAUUACCUUGUGAAUAGGCACAACAUUUGCUAACUUCCAAUCUUCUGGGACUACUCGUGUUAACAAUGACUGGUUAAAUAAAUCUGUUAAUGGUUUUGCUAGUACACCACUAAGCUCUUUUAAUAGCUUUGGGUGUAUUCCAUCAGGUCCCAUUGACUUAUUGGUCUUUACUUUUGACAGUUGAAAUAGAACCUCUUCCUCUGUAAACUCACGUGUAAUAAAUCACUCAUUUGUCCUUUUUCCUAACUGAAGCCCCUUUCCUUAUAUUCAUCUGUAAAUAAUUAACCAAAAUAUUCAUUGAGACAGUCAGCUAGACCUUUAUCCACUUCUACAUACCUUCCUCCUUGUUUUUAAUCUAAUCCUUGUUUUACUUUCCUCUUCUUACUGAUGUAUCUAGAAAAUGGUUUUGUCCCCUCUUUUUACUGACUGUGCUAUUUUCUCUUCUGUGAUUUUUGGAAGCUCUUAUAACUUGCUUAGCCCCUUUCUGCCUAAUUUUAUAGAUCUGUCUAUCUUCCUCACUGUCUGUGUUUUUUUUAUUUACUAAAUGCUAACUUUGUUUUAUUUUGGCCAUAUCUGUGGAGUACCACAGUGGUUUCUUGCUCUUACUGACAAGCCUAAUGCAACUUUCUGUUGCCUUCAGUAGUACAAUUUUUAAAUAAUCCCAUUUCUUUUGGACUCAAUUUAAAUUGCUCCAGUCUGAUAAUGACUCCUUUACACAUAUUCUAAUUUUAGAAAAGUCUAAAACAUUUGUUUGUGUGGUGUGACUCAGUCACUGUUCUUAUAUUAAACCACAUUGACUGAUCACUGGAUCCUAAACUUUCAUCUACAGUAAUAUCUGAUCCUAAAUCUCCAUUGAGCUCCUGAAUGACUUGUUUUUGAGACAAUCCCAGUCAGAGUUUAGAAUGUGUGCUCCUGGCACAAGCAGCUAUUUUGGUUUUCCAAUACACAUCAGGAAGAUUAAAGUCACCCAUGAUAACUUCCCCCUUCAUUGUCAUUUUAGCUAUUUCCUCAACUAGUAGAUUAUCGAACCCUAUUUGUCCUGGGGCCUAUAAAUCACACCUACACAAGUAACUGUGUGAUUACCAAAUUCUAACUUAACCCAAACUGACUUUAUGUUCGCCUCACUAACUUUUAUUAGGCUCUAUUUUAUGCUAUCCUUCAUGUGACAAGACCAAUCUUGCCGCUGUGCAUUGGAGGAGCCUGGUUGCCCUCCUGCUGUCUUUAGACUAUGGCCCCAUGUUGAAACGCUUGAUUUUUCCCCUGCAAAGACACGAAAGCCAGGUCAUUCGGUGCUUGCCCUGUUUUAGAGGUGAUACCCCAGAUAGCUAUGCCAUGGAGCUCAUUCGUAUAAUGAGACUAUGGGAUAGACUUUGGCUCCAUGGCAUUUGAAUUGUAUGUGUGUGAUCUGAGCGCCAUUCAGUAAUGUGCGCUGAGAUCUGAGCUAUCUGGGGAUAUGUUGAAUGUACCUGUUUUAUGCAAUGGCUGCACAGUUAUAUAUUUUGAUGUAUUUUAUUGUCUUUUGCUGCCAUGUGUUCAAUGGAGUUUUGCCUCAAUCCUUGGAGAUAAUUGGAUUACUUCCCAAUUAUCUCCAUGAUAGAAGACUCUGUGGAACUGGUUUUGGGCAGAAAAGCCAUGCUUCAUUUGGUCACAAAGGACUACAAUCUAUCUUUUGAACCACUGGACCAAUUUGUAUGAUUUUGCAAAUGUUUGUAUUUGGAGUAUGCUGAUUCUGAAAAUGUAAUGUUAUGUGAAUGUGAUGCAUACUUUUAAAAUUAUGAAUAAUGUGGAAAAACUGUUUCUCUGCCUGUGAUAAUUACAUUACCCAUUGUGUACAGUAAUUGUAUCACAGGCAGAGGGGAGGAUUUUGUGUGGGAGUGUCUGAGUGUAUUGUAUGUGGUUGUUUUCCAAAACCCUGUGGGUGGUACUAAUGUGUAAGAAUGUGUGUAUAAGAACCAUAAACCCACAGCUCUCUGUUCCUGCUUGACCCACAAAACGGAGCCUUGUCUCUUUCUGGGGGGAUUUAUUGUAUGCUGUUCUAGUUCGACUGCUAGGAGUGUAAACCUAUUCGUAUGGCUUUUCCUAUUUGGAUGUUUGAGAGCAUUCAUAUGCUUCUCCGGUUCGGUGGAUUUGUGUCUACAGUAGCUGCCUGUAUAUCUGGAAGGGAAUAUCUCCUAAACGGCUGUUAACCCCUUUUUAUGCCUCGGGGUGCCGUUACACUUCACAUACAGGGCCACCCCUCCCCUUUUCUUGCCUUCCCUGUCUUUUCUAUAUAAAGAGAACCCUGGUAUUGCUAUGUCCCAGUCAUUUUUCUCAUUAUACCAUGUCUCCGUAACAGUGACUAAAUCUACAUUAUCAGUUACCAUUAUUGCCACAAGUUCAUGGAUCUUAUUCCCUAAACUGCGAGCAUUUGUCAACACUCGUUACUUUCUGUCCUCGUUUUAGGGGGCAAUUGGAUUGUCUUAUCACCCUUUUGCCCCCUCCUAGUUUAAAUACAUCUUCGCAAAACCUCUGAACUGCUCACUCAGAAUUUGUUCCCUUUUUGAGAAAGAUGCGAACCAUCUUUUUUGUCCAGUUCUAUUCCAAACAGAGCUACCAUGAGAGCCAAAUCAUUGCUCCCGGCACCAUUUACCAAGCCACAAGUUAAAGUCCCUAAUACGCAUCCGCCUGUCAUUAUGAGUGUUGUGUACAGGGAGAAAUUCAGAGAAUGACAGUGGGGAAGCAACCUGCCAUAUAGCAUUGGCAAAAACCCACUAAAAACUUCCUUUGCCUCUGAAACCUGAUUGCAAGCAAAGUCAUUUGUCCCUCGAUGUCCCUCGUUUAACAAUAUUACAAAUACGUCUCGUAGCUCUGGGAAGACUUCUCACAAGACCACUAUUGUCCAGCUCCACACUUAUGAUAGAAUCCCCCCAACAAUUGCUUUCUAUUGGGCCUGACCAUAGUCUUCAAGCCUGUCUUCACAGCACCACUACACUCGAAAAUAAAUUAUGCAGAGCAACAGACUGUGCAAUAUGCCUCUUAUCCGCAACUCUAAGUCUACCAGAUCCUACAGUAAUCCAUCUGCCAUUCGUAGUAUGUCUCUGCAGCAGUGGCUUUGCAGCCGUUCCAGUCUGCGUUUGUUCACCAGAUAAUUUACAAAUCUCAGACUUCAAAAAUACAAUCUCCUGCCGCAAUAUAGAGAACUGUCUACAGAUUAGACAGCAUCCAAAUCCCCAAAAAGUGGAACAUGAAACAAAUGCAUAACUAUUACACUGAAUUAAGUCUGCCAUUUUAAUGAGGUGAAUAAUUUUAAAUCAAACCUUAAUAUUUUUUUUUUUUUUUUACUUGUCCUCCUGUAUACCUCAUAUUACCUCCAGUUUAUCUCCAGUCACACACUUAGAACCAGCAACCGAGCUAUAUUAACCAAGCUAAUGGCCACAACCCUUAUAACUCCUAAAAGCACCACCCACUAGUAAUGUUUAACACCUGGGUAGGCAUAUGCUUUUUUGAAAACAAGCUAACCAAUCAAUAGCAAGCACCUAGCUAAUCAAAUCAAAUGCCUUACCAAUUACGAAUUCUGUCUCACUGUUAAAAUACACCUACCAUUACAAUUAUAGACUGAUUAUUUAUUUGUCAGUGUGCAAAUGUUCAAAAUCAGCAGGGAUCAAAAAAUGUUUUCCCCUCACUGUAUUACAUUCAUUGUACCUUAAUGAAUCUUACACCUACAUUGGCAUCAUUAAAUAUCUAUAUCGUUUUUCCAUUGUAAAACACUUCACAUACAGACUCGAGGCACCAUGAGCACUUCAGUAAUUUUAAGUGGUUAUGUUGCUUGGAUUAACUCUUUAAAAUCAUGGUAGAAUGUGCCAUUACAAAACACCUUUGCAAAAAUGAUAAUAGGAGCCGCAUUCAAUCCCAGCAGCCACCCGGCACUCCGAACCACUACCAGCGAUCCCACAACGAUAACACAACAAAUUCUCCAGGCAGUCAAGGUGUUCAAGCUGCAGGCAGUUUUAAUACAACAAAAGGAAUCGUAAAGUUUUGACCUGCUAUGACUUUGUCAAGCUUGAGUUCCUGGAAAAAUUAUUGUAUUACAAAACUCCUUGUUAUAAGUUGGUUUGACUUGAAUGUUACCUCAUGUGUAAUCACAGCAAGGGAGAAUUAUCAGUUUAUUUUUAGAAAAGUGGUGCAAGGUUGUACAAAUUGAGUAAUCACAAGUUAAAUGUCUGCUUUGGAUUCUGUGGUGACUGUCCCAGUUCUGGAACUCUGCACUAUUCUUUAGAACUAAACAGCUUGAUGCUCACCCAACAUAGAAUAAAAUAGAAAUUGUCAAUGCUAUGACUAAUCCAUUUUCUAACACUGUCUUAAACAGACAAUUAUGGAUUGUGUAGUUUAUUUCUUUAACCCCUUAAGGGCCAAACCUCUGAAAUAAAAUGGAAUCAUGACAUGUCACACAUGUCAUGUGUCCUUAAGGGGUUAAAGCCAGUUAAGCUGCCAUCUUAGUAAACCAACUUGUGUUCCUCUCAUUUUUUUUUUUUUUUUGGGGUGAAUGUAAGAAAGCUAACAAGUGUGGGAGCACUAGGUAUAAAGGUCAAUUGGCAGAAAGAGGGCUUGACCCUAGAUAUGGUCAUUUCAAAACCGGAGCAGAACAAAAAGGCCUGGACCAGCUUCGUAUUGGUCAGUAAGAGAUAAGUUGGCUUUCAAUAAAUAAGUAAAAUGAUUUUAAGCACUCCAUACAAGAUCCAAUUGACUGGUCAAAAAUUAAACCGCGUCGGUGGGUGAGGGGGUUAUAUACAAUGCCAAUAUAAACGCCUAGACAAUGUCUUCUAAAUGUAGCGCUGGAAGGGCAGGUAGUUUGAUCAGGCUAACACAGCCUGAGAUACUGCGCCAUCAGUGAGCAACAAAAUAUCAGAUCCUAUUUACAUCUCACAUACAGAACCUCUAUGGCUGUCAGAGUAUUUUGAAACCUGAUGAUGGUCCUGGAAAUAAAUGGAUCAGUCCAGCUGUCAAGCUUACCCUGGAGGACCAGCUAAUGAGUAUGUGUUGCCAACCUGCAGCAAAGUGCUGAUGGAGCACAGUUAUCUAGUUCUGAGAUAUAAAGGUGGUGGUCACACGACAAACUCUGAAAUAUUUGGUCCAAAUAACAUACAUGUUGGCAGAAUUAAUUUAGUAAUCUAGCUGCUUAGUAAAAUGUCUGCUUUCAGCACAUCCGUGGUUAAAAGUAAAAUCUAACUGAUCUUAAAGCAGCUAGGAUUAAUAAAGGCUCUGUACAUGUGCCAGAGAAAUGAAUCUACCACUGUCCCAAACUUCCAAUUGGAUAGGAAUCACUGGCUAGAGGACAGAGCUGAGCCCCAACGUACAUUUCGCCAGGUCAGGCAGCUUUUAUGAAUGGGAUUUAAAUCAAUUUAGAAUGUCUUCUGGUAUUCUACCAGUGUUUAUCUUUUCCUACUAAAACGAUUAAGUCUUACACUUUUUAAAAUGUUUUGCCCUAAGGCCAGUAACUUCUUGAGGGCUUUCCGAACGAUCCCAGAAGCAGCAGCCCUUGGGUUGAUCCUGGCUGAUUCUGAUGAGGCAACUGGAAAAACAAAUAUAGGACGUCUGAUUCAGAGCUGGUGCCGUUUUCUCUUCACCCAGCUCCAUCAAGAAACACAGGAGCUGGAGGGGCCACAAGCUUAUCGUGGUGCUGGGAGCAGCAGGUACAUGCUUGCACAAAUAGGUUUCCAUAAAAUGAUAUGUACAGGACUGUUGCACUUCCACUCUCCUUAAAUCUGGGUUUAAUAACUUAAUGUUUGGCAUUUUAACUCUACAGCUAUCUUCUGCCUAAAUGAACAUGCUAAUUGUCGGGGUUUUGUUUUUAGCUCUUUUACAUCAACAGGAGGUUCUGUGAUUGGUCAGCUGUUUGGAUGUGAAGUGGAAAACUGCAGCAUGUGCCGAUGUGGAACAGACACUGUGCGUGUAGCCACAACUCUGCUUUUUACUCUGUCCUACCCAGAUAUUAAAAGUGGUGCGUAACUCCUUAACAUGUGAACAUUGAAACUAGUUGGGAUAAGGGGGUUUAAUGUUCUUGACCAGUGAUGACUGAUCUGUCAUCACAGAUGUGUACCAGAUCUCUUUAACGCUGGCUACUGAAAGGCAAGUUGAACAUACUGGGAUGACAAAGUUCUUCCCCUUUUUAAAAAAAAUUUUUUGUACUAGUAACUGGCAGAUUGUGAUCACAGUAUAACAGCUCGAUAAGAUGCCCAUUGCUGCUUGUAACAUGUCAGUUUUUCUUACUUUCUUUGGCAACAGUGGCUAGAUCAGGUGUAUCCUCUCAGGGCCAAUGGGAAUGCCCACAAGAGAAAAUCAGGGUUCUUUAUUUGUGAAUUGCUAACAUUCAAUCUAGUGAAUAAUCUUGCAAAGUAAAUGUCACAUUCCAGACAGCAUUGCCACAUUAGUAAAAUCCUCCAAGUCACCUGCUUUAUCAGGAGUGUGCAAUUUUUAGUUUAUUUUAUCAACUUUGCAUUUCUGACAGUUCACUUUAGUAAAUAACCAAUCUUUCUUCCUCCAUGCAGUGCAUUCAUAAUCACUGUAUUUUCACGUGGGGUUUUAUUUAUUUUAUUUUCUCCUGUAUUUAAAUGGAUGGCAAAGUUAAAGGGACUCUCCAGUGCCAGGAAAAGUCUUCCUGGCACUGCAGGUCCCCUUCUCCCUUCCUCCCACCUCCCAUCCCAUGUUGCUGAUUGUUUUAAAACCCCUUCAGUGACUUACCUGUAUCCAGCGCUGAUGUCCCUCUGCGCUGGGUCAGGGUACACCCACGCUCCUCCCCCCCCCGCCAACGUCAUCAGAUGGGGCAGACCUAGCCACUAGAGGAGGAGUUAACCCUGCAAGGUAAUUAUUGCAGUUUAUGAAAACUGCAAUAAUUACACUUGCAGGGUUAAGUGUAGUGGGAGUUGGCACCCUGACCAUUCCAAUGGGCAAAAAUGAUCUGGGUGCCUGGAGUGUACCUUUAAGGAGUUUGGAUCCCUGUCGGUCUUCAAGAACAUCAAGAGAACACUGUCACAAACGCACCCUACGUCAAGAGUGUGCGUGACAUAGGUGUGGUGGUGAAAGGGUUAAAGUUCACUAUUUGUCUGUGCUAGAUCAGAAAUGAUGAUCUAAAUCCCCCUUAACACCACCCACACUUAACAAUUGUUAUUACUGCUAUUUAUAUAGCGCCAGCAUAUUCUGUAGCACUUUACAAUAUUAUCAAAGGGGGAGAUUUAACAAAUGAGACCAUUACAAAAACUUACGGUAACAAUAGAUUGAAGAGGGCCCUUCUCAAACGAGCUUGGUCUAUAGGAGGUGGGGUGAAAAACAGGACAGGAGGUAGCAAUCAUGCAAGGUGGAGUGAAGCAGAGCUGGAGGAGAGAAUAGUGCUGCCCUUUAGGAGAGAGCAAAGGACAGUUAUGUGAGGUAGAAGUUACUUUGGGAGGCCAUAAGCUUUCCUAAAGAGAUGGGUUUGAGGCACUUUUUAAAUGAUUGAUUGAAGACUAGGGGAGAGCGUGAUGGUCGUUGGCAGGCUAUUCCUUAGGAAGGGAGCCACCUGUGAAGUCCUGAAAGUGAGUUGGCUGUACAAGUGCGAGCAGCAGACAGGUCAUAGGCAGAGCGGAGAGACCGAGAAGGGGCAUACCUGCAGAUCCGUAAAGAGAUAUGAGGGGCUAGAAUUGGUCAGUGCUUAUAAGUGUGGAUUAGUACCUUGAAUUGACUCCUAUAAAAUACAGGAAGCCAAUGUAAGGACUGACCGAGGGGAGUGGUGUGAGUAAAAUAAAUAUUACUAUUUUAAAACUGCCACCAAGACAAUUUAUAAAUGGGGUGCCUUGGUCCUCCAGGUAACUUAAUGAUUUAAUGACCCACCAAAUACAAUUUGGCACAAUAUUAAAGCAAUUAGUCUCUUCAGGUAACAUGACUUUUUUUUUUUUUUUUUUUUAAACAAGACAAAGGCAGAACUUAAUAAAGGAAUAUUUAUUAUGAGCAAAAAAUCAGUUCAUACAAAAAUAUAGAUGACAAUCAAAUUAGUUACACCAACAGAUAAAAACAAAAGGGAUGAAAUAACAGAUGUCCUAAUCACUUACUCCUUAGGUUUUCAAAGUAAAGCUUCUGGCAAGGAAGAUGACUCGCUCAAAAUUAGAUUUUGGCCCCAAGCAAGUACAAUACACACUCCAGUAUCAUUGGAUAUAGCCUGUGGAUUACCAAGCCUCACCCAGAGGUGGAGAUAAGGUGUACCUUUAGUAAUUGUGUCCACCCCUUGUGUUCCAGACCAGCAUCAAUCCUAAUGGAAACAUUUGGUUCUAUCUCUUAUGUAAUUGCCACAGAAAUAAUUGCACCUAUGAAUGUACAAUUUUUCCAUUCCAUAGAUAUUUCAUACUCCAUACUUGUGACCCAAUAUAGCAGACAUCACAAUCCCUUUCUCUAUGGUUAAGUUAAGCAAAUCCUGUUUGGGCUUGAUUAUCAGAUUGUGCUUGUCCCAUUCUAAAUCUAAUAAAAUAAGGCUUAAUUAACCUGCGGGUGAGUAUUAAUGUUUCUUUUGGGUAUGAUACUGGAACACAAGACCACUAACAUAUCAAAGGACCCCCCUAAUUUAAGAGGGAAUCUAGACAUAUGGCAAAUUAGAAUUUAUAUUUAAACUAGACUUCCAGGCCCCUUAUGUGACUUCUCACACCUUACAGAGUAGCUCUGUUGGGGUCCCAGCUUCAAAGAGGAAUUUAGGCUGUAAACCUUCUGCGGUCCCAUACAAUCAAAUUAACCCCUUUUGGAAUUGACAAUACCACCUCUACCAAGCAGCCAGUUCAUCUAUGCACUAUACAAAUUGCAAUAAAUGACAAUAUUCCGUAGUGCAACAAUGAAUAAUGCACCCUUGCCGUGACAAACACUGUUGGGAAUCUCCGCUUAUCUCUAAUGAAACUCUACCUAGAAAUGUAUUGACAAUCUCUGAACCGUCUCACUGCUAGACAUUGCAGAGUCUUUCUGCGUAACUUAUUGGACAGCUUAUUUUCUAUUGAGGGCUACUUCAGAAACUGUUUUCACUGUAGAUUGUUUUGUAUUGGAUAUUUGUGCAAGGUUGGCUCCCUGUCCUCCAAUAAAGAAACUGAAGUGUGUGGUUUUUUUUUCCUCCUCGCUUUAGAUAAACCUCCUCAGAACUAUGAGUUUGUGGAGGUAUUGAGAAGAAGCAUUUGCUCAGAGCAGAAUACCCAGGCCUGGUGUGACAACUGUGAAAAAUACCAGCCUUCUGUAAGUCCUGGAAUGGUUUUCUGCACAAUUGGUAAUCUAACAAAUUUAACUUGUCAAUAUGACACUUCACACAUUGUUGAUUAACCCUCUCAGGACUGGUCACUUGACAGGAAAUUGCACACGUUUUGUUUCAAAUACCCAUACUGGAAUUUGCAUAUUUGACCUAAACUUUAUUUUCCUAUGAAAUCCGCUACACUGAUGCUGGAGUGCAAUGUGAUACGUGUAUUACAUGGUCUUUGCCCUCUAUUACAACAUUUCUGGUCUAAGGGCAGAAUUUAGGUUGCUAAACUGAUUUCAGUUUGUGAUUAAACUAAAUCUGUUAUGGGGAGGAUGUAUGUUCAAUUACAUGCUACAGGCUGUUUUGUAGCCAUUGCUAUACUUUGUAUCUGAGUAGAUCAGCCAUCCUGGGUCUGCCUUUUUAAUAAUGAACAUUCUAGGUAUUCCUCUUUUCUAUGACCUAAAAAUAGCUUGUUAACAGGUUCAGACCCGGAAUAUUCGCCGUCUUCCUGAUGUGCUGGUUAUAAACUGCGAAGUGAAUAGUUCUAAGGAGGAAGAGUUCUGGAAAGCACAAGCUGAGGUAUGUGUUGGAUAAAACUGUAUAUUGGUUGUCCAAAUUGUGCUUAAUUUAUCAAACUUUCUCUAAAAGUCUUAAUCUGCAAAGUACUUUAUGAAUGAUUUUCUUGAAUAGACAUGUAAGAUUUGGAACGGUUUCCACAUUUCUCUGCAGGUUUGUUAGUUGUAAUUUAAAACCAAAGAAAAGAGUAACUUGCACACUAUCUCUAAUCUCUGCAUCUUUACAUAACUGGAGAUUUUUAAUGGCUGUUGGAUUGUAAGCUCACCUGCCACAUCAAGGCAAUCUAAUGGCCAUUGGAGUGAUACCUCCAGUUAUUUAAAUAUACAGCAGGAUUUAGGAUAGUGCACAAGUAACUCUAUUCUCAUUUGUGUACCUUCGUCAUUGAUGCUGGCCCAGAGUAGUGGGACUGUGUGUGCAGGACUGUACAGUGGGUGGACUAACAGACCGGUUGGAUGCACAGGAGCAGAGGUAUUGAGGGCCCUGCUCGAUGAGCUUACAUGCUAGAGGGAGUGGGGUAUAGGGACACAAAAGAUAAGGGUAGAAAAGUAGGUUGUUAGGAUAGUAUUCAUUGAGGGCUUAUUGUUUUGUUUUGAUGACCGCUGCAGGAGAGGAAUCAGGUUGCGGGGAUGGAAAGCUGUUCCUUAUUAAAGCAUAUCAUUUAAAGUGAAAUACGUUUUCAAAGAUUGGGUGAAAGUCUAACAGAGGGGAAGGGCGUUCCAUAGGAACUGUGCAGCCCCAGAGAAGGUGAACAUCAGUGGUGUGACUAUGAGCAGAGGAUACACAUGUUUUCGUCAGAGCGUAGGGGCCUUGAUGGGACAUACUUGUAGGUAGGUAAGAAGGAGCAACAUUAUGGAGAUUUGUGAGUACCAGAACUUUAAAUUGAGCCCUAUAUCUUGGGAAGCCAAUUUAGGGACUGACAGAGGCAAGGCUUGGGAAGGUGCGGGUGGACAGGAAGAGGAGCCUCGCCACAGUAUUCAUUAUAGACUGUAACUGGGCAAGUUGGGAACAUGUAAGAUCACUGAGAAGCGGAUUACAGUAGGAGAGGACAGCGGCAUGGACAAGCGCCUCUUGCCGUUUCAGGCUGUGCCCGUCUGUUGGUUUCUGAAACCAUCUGAAAGAAAUGAGUUUUACUCCAUUUCAGAGGAAGCUCCUCUAGUGGUUUUCAGAGGCUGCCACAGCAGUUAAACCCUGCAAAAAAACAGUGCUCUACAUUGCAUGGUUAAGCAGACUGAUACAUGAAACCCAGAUCACUUCAUAGAGAUGAAGUGGUCUGGGUGCCUAUAGUGUCACUCUUUAAAAUGUCAUCUUAGCAAAGUUAAAUCAAGAAUGCAAUCUAUUGUUAUAACUUGGUAAACAUUUCUGAGCAGGUCAAAAUCUGUACAGUUAAUUGUGACCGAACCAUUGUACCAUAGGCUUAAACUAUAUGUUGGUCUAAUCUCAAAUGAAUCCUAUUGGUGCUCUAGCUGAUGGAAGCAUGAUGCAUGAAAAAAAGAAAUGUGACCCUUAUUUUUAUUAUAUUGGUAAAUGUUGCUGUUAAACUGUGGAAAAUGUCAACUGGGUUAUAAUAUGCCAUCUUGUAAGCGGUGCUUGUAAAGUUUGAAAUAUCGUGGGGUUUUGUUUAGCAGCUAUGGCAGUUUAAUUGCCAACUAAGACAUUGAGCUGCUGUUAACCGUGUCUGUGUCUCCCUCUCCCUCAAUUUGUAGUCUUCGAUUGAUAGUUGUAAGAAGUAUUGGCUAUUUGCUAAUUCUAGAUUAUUGUGGUGUUGCAACUUUGGUAAGUUAAACAUUUUUUUUUUUUCUCCCUUCCCCCUCCCCUUUCUAGUAUGCCUUCAAGAAAGCACUGGGAAAUAUACAACUGUUUUCCCCACCUCCUCCCCCCAAGGAGCCAGUCUUUGGACAAUGGUACAUUACUUGUAAAGCUUUUUACUGCAUUGAUUUACUGUUUCUUUCAAAGGAAAACCUGGCCUUGAUCAAUUUUGUUAUCUUUAUGUUCUUGUUAGGGGUGAGUACAGUUCAGAGACGUGUGCGCCUUAUGCACCUUCGGUUGAAGAACUGCGCAAUGUAUGGAUACCUUAUUCUCUCAAGAUGAAGCUUUCCAAAGACAAAAAGCUUGAGGUUUUGAACUGCUCGGAGACUGAGGAGGUAAAGAAUAGCCAUUCUGCUUACUUAAUUUCAAGAUUGAUUUCUCACAAAUCAAAGUAUAGCUUUGCACUUGCAUUUCACAAGCUUCCACUCUAGUUCUGAUUUCACUGACCUACCACAUAUGUUUAUUCUUUUUAAUGGCAACAUUUUUAAAUCUCCAUAUCACUACAUUUUUCUCCAUAGGUCUUCAAUAGUUGAAAAAAUAUGCUAGUCCUACAGCAUAUAAAGUCUACAGUUCUUGAGGGAUGUGUGUUUACAUCCACCAUGUAGGCAAUAUUUCAGAAUUGGACCUCUGGGUCUCUGUCUAGUUUCCUUGCCAAUUCUUCUGCAAAACAGAACUGUAACUGCCGUAAACCAACCCCUCCCCCCAGAAACUUCUGUUUAGAAGUAAUAUCUAUAUUGCAAGGUUGUCAGACUGAUCCAACAGUCUAUGUGCUAAUGUACAUGCAAGUUAUAACUAGACUUGGAGCAUGUAUAUAGUGUAUUUGUUAAUAUGGUUGUAUUAAGGUGGUCUCUUAUUUUGAAUACAAAGGCAACAGAUGAAGACACAAAUGUGUAUGACCUUACAGCAACUGUUGUUCAUAUCCUGGAUCAACGCACAGGUGGGAGCCUGGUGGCCCAUAUAAAAGUGGGAGAGACCUACCACCAAAGAAAGGAGGUCAGGUGAUCUUUCUAAACUGGAAUUUUUAAGCAUUAAAGAUCUUCAUAUUUUCUUUCUUUUUUUCCUGGAUUUAUUUCACUUCUGAUCUGCAUUAUCUUUUCUAGGGUGUUACGCACCAGCAGUGGUACCUUUUCAAUGAUUUUCUUAUAGAGCCUGUUGAUAAGGUAAGCUAUUCCACUUGUAUAAUCUAUAGCAAUUUGGGGUGUGGGGGUUAUUCCACAAAACAUACAAAGGUGUGCUCUUGGUCAAAUGACCGCAUUAAUGGAUUCAAAACGCUAAAAUUUUAUAUGCUUGCCUCGAAAGACACAGCAUGAACGGUUUAGUGGGUCUAUCUGCAUUUGCAGGCAUAUCCCUCCCACACUCCAGAACAUCCUAUUCUGGUCUGUUUUAAAUUAAUGCUGGUUGGGGGUUUAUGGAAUAAGAUUAAACUUGUAUGUAGAACGUACUUUUUAAGCGUGUGCUUAAAAAAAGUUGGGCAGUGCUUGUCCUAUUGAUCUAUGAACCACCAGUCACACUGACACAUAGAAAUAAUUUCCUGUGUGGGAAGAUGGAAGAAUAGCUUCCUCCUAUUUGAGAAGUGUUGCAAGAGCGUGAGGGAGGGGACCCCCUUGUACCAUAAACUAUGGAAACCAAACUCAAACUAUUGAUCUGUCCAGUGUUCCAAGAGUGCAUAUACUGCAAGUGCAUUUAAUUCAAUCCUUCCACUUAUCUUUGGACACUGUCCUUUCCGUUUAAAAAUACCAAAGCCACUCAAAUGUCAAAGCCUUGCCGUGUGUAUGUAACAUUUUGCUCUAUAGUAUCCUAGACAUUGGAACUGUAACACAUUCUACUUUUAUUUAUUUUUUAUUUUUUUUUUACUUGCAUCCAUUUCUAUAACAAAUGUUGCAGAAUUUACUUAUUAAUAUGGACUAUAACUUUCUCUUUCCAUGAAGUGUGAGGCGGUGCAGUUUGACAUGGCAUGGAAAGUUCCUGCAAUCUUAUUCUAUUCCAAAAGAAAUGUGAAUGUAAAGUACAACUUGUCAAGUAAGUAGUUUAACUUCAAACUUUUUUUAUGGCUGACUUAUUUUAAUUAGCGCCCUUUGAGGGAUUUUUGGGGGGUUUCGCCUUAGUGGACAAACCCUUGUACUUCCUAAUCUUAUUUCAUUUGCAGUCAAGAACCCAAUAGAAGCUAAUGUAUUGUUGGCAGAAGCAUCCUUGGCCAGGAAACAGCGGAAGUGCCAUGCAACUUUCAUUCCUCUAUUACGAAGCGAAAUGCCACAAACUGGGGAGCUGGUCGGACUUGAUGCAGAAUUUGUUACACUCAAUCAGGUGCCAACUAUAUAUAUGUGUGUGUAUAAAAAUUAUGUGCAACUUUUGAAUUUAGAAUGGUUUGUACCACAAUCUCUUUGAGGGGGAAGGGAGCGAACCCAAACGGCUAACUUCAACUAUCAUGCUUAAUUUAGGAGGAGGCUGAGCUUCGCAGUGAUGGUACAAAGUCCACCAUAAAACCAAGCCAGAUGUCUGUGGCCCGUAUUACAUGUGUGAGGGGGCAAGGACCCAAUGAGGGAGUACCUUUCAUUGAUGACUAUAUCUCUACACAGGAACAGGUGACAUGUUGCUUUAUCUCAAAAGAUCUGUUUUUACCAUAUUGUGAAUUUUGAUUCCAAAAUGUAGGAAAUGAUUUGUCAAAUACUAAUGUAAUGCUAUUGGGAAUGUUCUAUAUAGUAUGAAAUUCAGAUCUUUUUUUUCCUUUCCAGGUUGUGGAUUACCUUACUCAAUACUCUGGUAUUAAACCAGGUGACCUAGAUGCCAAGAUUUCAUCUAAGCAUUUGACAACCCUUAAAUCCACAUACCUAAAGCUAAGGUUUCUCAUUGAUGUGGGAGUCAAGUUUGUUGGUCAUGGGUUGCAGAAAGACUUUCGUGUGAUAAACCUCAUGGUGGGAUUAUAUAUAUAUAUUCUACCUCUUUCCAUGCCAAAUAUGUAGAUGGGUCAGUGAAAAUCUGAUCUAACUUUUCCUUCCCCAAUCAGGUGCCAAAAGAUCAGGUGAUUGACACUGUAUACUUGUUCCACAUUCCCCGCAAAAGGAUGAUCUCUCUUCGUUAUUUAGCUUGGUACUUUCUUGGUAAGCUUCAUAUUUUAUCCUUUUUAGGUUAACAAAAGAACAAUUGUCUACUUUAAACUAGGCCAACUUUAUAGAAAUUGAAACCUUAUGAAAUUUAUUUCAGCUGCAAUCUGUAGGAAUAACAAGCCAGGCAAUAAAAUACAAUGUAUUCAGGUUAUCAGUCUUAAUGUACAGAAAUAGACUGAAUUCUCACUGGAUCAUUUCUACAGAUCUGAAAAUCCAAGGGGAGACGCAUGACAGUAUAGAAGAUGCUCGGACAGCUUUGCAGCUUUAUCGCAAGUACCUGGAGUUGAGCCGGAAUGGGACCGAACCUGAAAAUUUCCGCAAGGUGCUGAAAGGACUCUAUGAGAAGGGUCGUAAGAUGGACUGGAAAGUUCCAGAGCCAGAGAACCAGAACAGCCCAAAAAGUAAAGUCAACUCAAUGCUUCUUGACCCUGAUCUUAGUGGGGACAUCUCCUUUUGACUUGCCAUUGAUAUACUCUUUAACCUGCAGAUAUUCAACUUCCCUUUGACUAGUUUUUCAAACGUUGCCUGAUAUGUACUUGUUUCGUUUUUAAUUGCAGGCCAGUAAAGGGAAAUUGUUUAUUUUUCUGUUCAAAUGUCAUACUGCAGAAUUCCCUUUGUAUUUUCCAGCUAGUAGUUAAACAACUUACUGUCCAUUUUGAAACUCUGUCCACCUGUGAUCUGUAUCUCUCUAGUUCACACCAAUGUAAAUCAAAACUCAAAUUGAAUGCAGUCUGACUAUAUAGGAGCUUUCUGAUUUAAGGGCAUGCUGGCAUGAACACAGGUUUAUAUUCAUAAGUGAGAAUUCAAAGUGACUGCUCAGAUCUUAAAUUAGAAAACUGGUAAAAUUCUUCAAGUUUCAAUUUCUAUCAUGGCAUUAAAUUUUGAAAUUUCCAUCGAAUUAUCACUUUAGUGGAUAAUCUUGUGUUUAGCCAGGGAGCUACUUGAUGACUUCCCCUGUUGUACUAGAAAUUUUUUCUUUUUAAUACUUUGUUUUAAGGUCCAUAAAAUACUGCCCUGUUACAUUAAAGCACAAAGAUCACAAGCUGUGGAAAAAUUACUUGGAAUCCACUGGUGCAGUAAACUGACCCUUCACAUAUCACAAGCAGUUAGAAACCUAAGGUCCAGAUUUCAUAAAUAUUCCAAAUGGACAAAACUGAUCCUGUAUCAAUCCAGCCUGCAAUGGAGAUCACUAAUCUGAAAUGAAACAAUGUAGUACCUUUUUCAGACCUGAAAAUAAAGUAUACUGGUGUUGCUCACAGUGGGGGCUGCUUCGGAGUCUUUUUAAUACAAGUUUGCACGCAAUACAUAUAUUAAGGAACAGUACUUGAGAAGUAUCAACAGGUCAUCCCCCAUUUUGACUUGCUCACGUUUUCUAGUGGAGACUUAUAUUUUUGAGUAACAGCAGCAUACUGGUUAUUUCGGCUUGUUAAAGGGUACUACAUACAGUAAAUUGUGUGUGUGGUUUUUUUGGGUUGUUUUUUUAGAAUCUCAGUCUAGAAUCAUGUACAUACCAAACCUAUUCUGCACCUCCCUCAAAGAAACUUGUGUUUUUUGCUUAAUUAUUUUUUUUUUUGCUUUCUCUUUUCUAUCUUCACACUUUGGUCUCACCUUUACUUUUAACACUGUACUUUGUAUUUCUGGUAUAACCUUCUCCUCCCAAGAUUAUGACCAGUUCUUAAACUCUUACAAUGAGAAAUUAACAUGGUUGAUUUUACAUGGUUCCUAGUGUAAGUUACAUGGUACAGAGACUAACCCAUUGACAUAUACUGCAUUGAUACUUACUAUGAAAUGUCUAACUUAUCUCCACUUCUCUUUUUAUUCACAGAUGCGCCAGUGUAUUCAGCUAUGGUGGGACUCUAAUUUUUUUUUUUUUAAUUUUUUUUUUUAAUGAUAGUGGAAACUAUUUUCCAUUUUUAUUGCUUUUUUAUUUGUAAUGAAUUGUGAUUUCACAAGUCCAAAGCCGUUCUGUGAACGCAGACAUCACAUUUUAAUAAACAAAGCUGCAACUGGCUAUCUGUGUCUUAAUUCUA